UGAUGCUGAUCCCUAUCGACAGCAUAAUGGACCAGGAGGAGCGCCGGAAGCGCCACGGUGAGUUGACUUCGCAUCCUCCACCGACGCAACGUUUGUGCUGACGCUUCCUCUCUCUCCCCUUUUCUAUUCGCGCGUCCAAGAGCUUUCCUAUGGCGUAUACAAUUUUCGAGACGUCAAGCAGCACUUCUCCAGCCUCGGUUGGACCUUUCGACCAGGGCCAGAGCUGAGCUAUGACCACUACUACAUUAAACCAGGCAAGAACCCUCGCAAUAAGAAGCACAAGCAGGGCGAAGAUUAUUUCCUGGGCGAGGCGGAGCUUGUGGCAUACGCGCGCAAGAUGAAAAUCUUCGGGGAGGAGACGGUGCCGCUGCCUACUGCCAACGGACUGCGGCACAACAAGCGACGAGCACGCACUAAUAGCAGCGCUAGAACUAGCAAAGUCAAGACCAACUGGAAUAGUGAGAGUAGCGACAAUGAGAAUACACCAAGACUCAGACGAGAGCACAAGCGACACCGUCGGCGGUCAGACGAACACAAAAUUGGCAACUCGGCGCAUAAUCCCAUCGCGUUGUCCUCGGACUCAAGCGAAGACGAAUCUGGAACUGCUAUGGACACUGCUAGUAGUGUCGAGGAGGACGAGGAGUGGACCGAGGGAGGGAUUGAUGUGGAAGAUGAUCAGGAGGGCGAAGAGGAAGCGGCGUCGUCAGCUUCAGAAGAAGCUUCCAAUGACAAAUCUGAAAAGGAAGAUUUGGAGAUUGCUACAAGCAGUCAAUGGUCUACGAAGGUUCCUAAAGGCAAGUCUCAAUCUUUUAUAUAUACAGAGCCUCAAGAAACCAAGCGGAUGGAAAAUGCCAAAGCCAAGACGAAGCCCAAGAAGGAAACCAAAUCUACGUUAAAAGGGAAGCUCAUACCUAAAAGUGACGAGGCAUCUGAUGAUAGUGACGAGGAGGAGCUGGGUCAGAAUCAUAUGAAGGCACGUCCGUUAUUGUCAACGUCUCAGAGGAAGCGCAAUAGAGUGAUGCAUACAUCAAAAAGGAAGCGCCAGAACGAUUCAAACGCUGCUUCUGGCAAUGCAAAAGGCUCAAACAAGUCCAGCGGUAAGAUGAGGGCAGCCACGGGCUCUAAGUCUAGAGGCCUUAAGACAAUUACUGCGAAGAAAUCGAAGUCGGCGCCACGAUGCCUGUUGCAAGACACGGACAAAUCCAAUGCUGGAGGGUGCGCGGAUAACGAUGACAACAGCUUCGACCUGGGGGUAGCAGAGUGUGGUGAGUCACCUCCACGUCGACCUCCAUCACGGGCGCACUCCCGAGCUAACAGCGUCAGGUCUUCUCCACCAACGCGUGUAGCGGCUGCAAGCCCACCACCACCAGAUUCACAGGAAGAGCAGAAGGAAGAAGAGGCCACGACGGUUAACCCCGCACCUGCCGCAGUGCCAGCGUUGCCACAGUCGGUCCUCUCUUCUUCGACAAAGACUCAUCCAACAACAUCCCCUGAACUCGCGAAGAGCAAAACUGUGGACUCGGGUACCUCAGCGCAAGUGUCCAUGGAGCUAACGCAAGUGGAGUUGCCUCCAGAUCGCGCCAAUAAAUACCACAUUCGCGUUACCGUGUCGGCGGAUAAGCCGCCAGUUCACACGAUUUGGAUGGAAAAUUUGUCGUCGCAUGAGCAGCGCGAGUACAGCUUUGUCGAUGUCACGGAGCUCCCUGGCGCGAAGAAUGACAUACGUGUACCCACUACUACUGUUCUUACAGCGCUUUUUCGGUGUUUGAGCAGUCAGUCUGACGCAGUAGUGAUCGUUGGACCAGAACCUAGAGCUACGGCGGAGUCGAAAACUGCGUUUGAGAAGGGGGAAGUGCAACUGCUAACGUCUACUGCAGAGAAGGAUGCAGGGGAAGCCUCUGGCGGUGACGGAUUGACGCUGGUAGUGGCGUAUCCUGCUCUUGAUCUCUUCCGAGUGGAUCAUAAUUUCCCCAUGAAGCUGGUGUCUGAAAGCCAGCGGUUGCAGCAUCUCGCACAGGAGAUGGAACGUCUCAGAGAGCAGCUUUCUCUCGUCCAGACUGAUCGGGACAAGCUGUGCGAGCAACUUCGACAGUUAGAAGAGGAGAACGAGCGCAGUUUGUCGCAACAGGUGGAGGCGCAGGUGAGAGCGAGGAUGGAGACUCAGGACUCGCGACCGCAGGAGAGCAGCGAGGACAUGGAGCGUCAUGUGACCAAACUCAUCGAAGAGAAGACCCAGGCUUUUAUUGUGGCAAAGGAGAAGGAGAACCGUCUACGAGAGCGUGCCAGAAGGUGGGUGUUUGUGCAGUCAAGUUGGAUGUCGGCCUUUCGGCCGUGUCAAGCACUAGCCACUGGUGCUCCCACCGACGCGAGGACGUCUCUCCUCCGGCCGGUAACAGCAACCACUACCCAUGACUGACACGUCUGAAAGCGGGUCGACACGGUCCAUUUCCGUUGUCAAAGAUGGCAUGUAUCAAGUGAAUGCUAACGUAAGCCACGACAGUUUGGUUCAACUGCGGCUCGUGAUAAAUCCUGCAAACUCCGACGAGGGCGAUGCAGCUCAACGCGGGGCUCGCGAGAUCGCGCCAACGAAGGUGUCGUUGUACGACAAUAAGCGGCGCGUCUCGCGCGUGGAUAUGAUGCUUGAACUGCGUGCGUCGGACCAACUCUCACUAGAACUCCGGCUAUUUGACUCGGCGGCGCCUCCUAUGGCACAGGAAGAGUGGCUACGAGACCCCAUGCCAACGCACAACCGGUUAUUGAUCGUCGCGCUGUAGCAACCGUGACAAGAAGACAGUAGUACGAAUGAAAAUUGAAACUAACUGCACUAGAACUCGGAUGUGUAAAUAGUUCUCGAUAAAUGAACAAAUGCUGGAUUGAUGCAGAUCCGUGAACGUU